CCCUGUUUUCGUCCCCAGUUUGCUCCCAGCCGAAGGGAAUCGCACCCUCCACCGCACUCGGGAGCAGCUUACACCUCAGAACGGGACGUCUUUAGGCGCGAUUAACUAUAGAGGGCUGGGAGGACAUUGUACUAUUCCUUCUGUGAGUCUGUGAUCCUGUUACAUCGCUAUGCAUCGCCGAUGGUCCUACCCCCGUUCUGAUGCUCACGCUACAGCCCAUCGUCAGGGGUUGUACGCGCCGAUAUGAUCACCGCGACCGAAAACGACAUCGUAUACUGGUCAUCUCGUGAUAAAUCACGGAGGCACUCGAUCUCCUUCGUACCGCAUGAAACGGCGACGCUAUCGGGCUCAUUGGCGCGGACGCUGUCGGAUCGCAUCCCUCUCGAGGUUGUCGAGAGGAUCAUUGACCGCAUGGAGUGGGCCACGCUACUCACUGCGGUGAGGGUCUCUCGGGCAUGGUAUCCCCGCGCCAUGUACGAUCUCUAUCUUGCUAUUGAGAUCCGAUCACGCACAAGCUUCAAGCUGCUGGAGAGACUGCUGCGCACAUCGCCUCCCAUUAAGCGAUGGCUCGCAUCCACGUACUCCCUUACUAUCGGUUACGACAGGCCCCCUUACAUCAAUGUCGCCCCCAUCGUCCUCGCCCGUGCAAUGCCAGAUCUACGCGAGAUGGUCUUUCUCUGGGUUUCAUUGGACCAUCCCAUACACCCGGUGUUCUACUCCGCUCUCUCGCAUUUCCGUCACCUCACGGCAUUACGUCUGCUUCAGGUUCGUCUAAGGAACAGCAAUCAGUUGCAACAAAUUCUUGGUGCCUUUCCGCGCCUGACGGAGCUCGUCUUCAAUGGCGUGAGUUUCCACAGACAGGACACGGCCACCCCACACUUCUCCCGUAACUUAAAUACCGAGAUGGCCCUGGAAUCCCUUCACGUCACAAUCCGUGGGAUACGUUCUCAUGUCGCCUUUGAGUACAUCGUUGAUGCGCUCAUGUGGUCGACGCUUUGCACCUCUCUUCGCAAUCUGGAAGUACGCAUCGUCUCUGAGGGCGAUGGGCUCUGUGACGUGGAACUCGGUUGUGACGAUGUCAACCGACUCCUCGGAGCAAGUGGGCCAUCACUACAAUCCUUUGACGCUAUUUUCCUUAAUCUUGAAUCGGCGGCGGGUGCAAUCAAUUUCACGAAGAAUACCUCAUUGCGCGACAUGGAGAUCACAUCGAGAGUGAGGGCCAGCACACCAAGAGAAUCUUGGGUACUUGACGCGGCUGUUAGCCUGCGUUCCAGCGGCCUCUCCACGGUCCGAAGCUACCACCUCAAGCAUGUCAAGCUUCGGCCCAUCCUCUCCUUCAAUGAUGACGAUAGUCUUGGGCUGUAUAGCCCAUUCCGCGAGAGAGUCGACUCAGAGGUGCGAAGCCUGCACAACGACAUGGCUCUACCGUACUAUGACCUGCUGGAGAGCGCGGAAGUCGAAGUGAUCAUUCACUUCGAAGCCAAGAAUGGUGGCAAUCAUGCGACAGAAGACGUCGCCAUCGCCCAAGCAGUUGUUGCACAAUACCGCCGCCUCUUCGAACCAUGGGAUGAUCGCGGUAUAGUCAACAUAUCGUGCAAGACCGUGACGCAUUGGAAUGACAAUCCAUAUGAACCUGACGAGCCCGGUGCUCGCACAUCAUCGGAAGAACCGGUACGUUGCUCACUCACUGCCUGUCUGCACGCCGAUACUCGACUCACGAUGCGCAUCGAGGUUGCCGACACAGCGCAAAUCCAUCGUACGAACUCCGAGCCAGACUUCCCGCCGCCGCUGAGGCUGGCACCACGGCGGGGCAUCAUUGCGAAGCGACCGGCCGACGGCAGCAAUACAGCUAAUCCCAUAUUCCCAGGCCCCUCCGCGAAAAGUGUGGACAGGCUGAGUACGUGGGACUCGGUACCACGAACGCGUUCUCAUUAGCAUGCUACCAGAAUUGGUAGCGUCGAGAGCGAGCCAGAUCGACCGGCAAAUACAAGUCAACGCCGAACUGCCUGAGUAGGUUUGUUUGACGAGGGUUCUAACAACAUGGAAUUAGCUGUAAAUGGAGCGUACUGCUGGCUCUGGCUUUCUGGCGGACCUACUAGUGUAUGCUUUGCUAUGUUGCCAGUGUGUGCCUGCUGUCGAUCGCGUCAACGCGUACCAUCCCCUGCGAGACCAAUCCCGUCUGGUCAACGUCUGACGAUGAGUGUACUCCAAUGUGAUCUUGAGUUCUUAUGCUAUUCCCCGCCGCGUCGCUCGCAUUGCACAACAGACUUUCUCUCGAAACUUACACUGCU